AUAGCAGAUUUCGUAACGAUGGCUUGUGAUGACUGCUUAGACGCGAUCAAACCUUGUCCAAAUAAACAGCAUCCUCUUGUGGCCAAAGAGGAGACAAGUUUAGAGCAUUAUUAACUCCCAUGAACACUCCUUAAUUUAUUCAAAGGGAUGAGGGGGCUGGCUUUGAUCUUCAAAGCAGGUACUAAAAGGAAAUACAUCUGAAGUACAAGUACACAAAAGAUAAACAAUCCAGUAGUUUUUCUACGUGUAGAGGCAGAAAUUCCCAUAUCUAUGCAAAGUCUGUCACAAGCAAUGACGUUCAAUAUACAAACGCAGUGAAACACUGGUGUCACACAGGACGCCAGUGAGUAAAUGCUCAGCCUUUAAAACCAGCACCAUGAGAGUUUGCCUCUUGAAGGUCAAUGACAUGGGAUAACAUUGGUCCGCUAUAUAACAGCAUGAGCAGCUAACAUGCGGGACCGGACUAAAGAGUUGAGAAAUAAUGCUAACUCUUCUGAUGAAAAUGAGGAAAAUAGAGUUCUCGAGAGCAAACCUGGGACACCUUUGGCCAAAGAAGAGAAGGAGCGAGAGGCAAUCCUAAAAAAUGCAAAAGAAAUCCUCGAAGGGCUGCACAGUCUCAGGGCUCUGGUGUGUGAACUGGACAAAAAACAGAAAACGGUGCUCAGUCAGGCUCUGCCUGAGGAGAGUAUGAAGACAGACAUGCAGACACUUAGGGAAGAAAUAAGUACUUUUGCAAGUCAGAUCCAAAGGACAUUAAAGAGUAUUGAACCCAAGAAAGAAGAGGAGGAUGGAAGAUAUAUUCCCAUAAAUAUACGAAUACAAAGGACACAGCAUUGUGUCUUAUCUAGGGAGUUUGUGGAGCUGAUGGGUUUCUGUAACACCCUCCAGUCCCAGUACAGAGACCGCAGUGUGGAGAGACUUCGGAGACAGCUGAAAAUCACUGGGGCCAAUGUGACUGAAGAGGAGCUAAACACAAUGCUGGAAAGCGGUCAGACUGAUGUUUUCACACACAAUAUCUUAAGUGAUGCUAAAGCCACAAAACAGGCCCUUAAUGAGAUAGAGUCUCGGCACAAUGAAAUCCUAAAACUGGAGCGGAGCAUCAGAGACCUGCAUGACAUGUUCCAGUAUCUUGCUCUUGAGGUGGACGCUCAGGGAGAGAUGGUCAACAGGAUUGAAACCCACAUCAACCAGUCUACUGAUUAUGUUGAGAAGGCCAAGGACAACACUGCAAGGGCCAUCAAAUUUCAGAAUAAAGCACGCAAAAAGAAGAUAUGGAUCGCCAUCUGUUUAGCCAUCCUCCUCCUCAUCCUUGGAAUUUCAUUGGCUGUUACCUUUGGCACAUAACCUCAGUAAACGCACAUAAAACUCCAACUGACCUAGUUUAAGCCACCCAACUGCUGCAGGGCUGAUCAGACCCUGACUAGUGAUAGAGUGUCAUCAGAAAGACUUUACAGCAGUUUUUAAUAUGAUUCUAAUGUUUCCAAUAAGCAGCACAGGGCAUAGGCUUAACUAACCAACCAAUGAGCUGGGCAGAAUUUACAUUUACAUUUAUUUCACCUGCCAUUAUCCUUGUGAAUAUUGCUCUGGGGCAUAACAACACAAUACUGUUAAUGUUAUUAUUAUGUCUGCUUGGUGUGUCUAAUGUCUAUUCUUGUUCUUUUUAUGGCUUGUUGUAAAAAAAAUAA